ACUCUGGAAAUUUUUUUUUUUCCUUGUAAUUUAAUACCAUUUGAUGCCCUUAUUUUUUUAGAUUCAAUGCUUUUUUGACUCUUAAUGAGGAUUUUACUUCUUGUAACGUUUUCCAAAAAGUCUUGCACGACAGUCUGACGUACAAUUAUUUACACUUUCUUGAACAAAAUCGCCACACGUCUACUCUACGUAGUGUUGUUAAUAAUUAAUAUUCAUAGAAUGCGCGUAUAAGCUUGUAAAAUAUACAUAAGUUUGUCAAGAAAAUCAAUCCAACAGCGAUGACCUUGGAAAAGGUCAUGGCAGCUUAUGUACGCAAUGUUUAACGAACCCGCAAACACGUGGAAAAUCAAGAAUACUAUAAUAUAAUAAUUGUAAACCUCCACAAUCAAAUACGAGUGCGUAAGCGUGAAAGCUUCAAGUACACGCCGCGAACCAUCCAAGCUCAGUUUCGGCCCGUCGUUCGUUUAGGAUUGGUGCAUAUGGUAGAGUCUCUCUGUUUGCUGCGAGUUAAAAGAUUUUUUUUUUUUUGGCCACGAAAAAAUUAAAAGCUCCGAUGAUGAAUGUUCGGAUGCGUUGAUGUUAACUAAAUUUUAGUGGCGGUACCGGAGGAAAAAUUAUCUGAAAGUGUUGGUUGAAUUAUUAUCGAAUCACGUCUAUUUUGGCUGAAACAGCGAGAUCUUUUUCGUCAUUGUGUAGUUUGAAAUCGGUGUUUUCAAAUGUGCAAGGAAAACUUAGAAAUUCUCGAAAAUUUCGGUCGUUUGUUACACUUUUGAAUAAAAUCAUCGAAGUUGAUGAACCGUACAAAAUGAGAAAAGAUUACCGUAAAAAAUUCUUAUUCAUAGGUAUUGGUUUAUUUGUGUUCAGCUUUGUGUUCCGAUACAUCAUUUUGCCACCUGUUGUCAAAUCGCAAGUGAAAGCGAAAGUAGAGCUAAGGCCCGGAAAAUUUAUGAGAAAAAUAUGGAGUACCUUUCCAUUUUCAUUAGACUUUAGUGUUUACUUAUUUAAUGUCACGAACCCUGACGAGAUAACACAGGGAGCAAAACCUAUUGUUCAUGAAGUGGGACCUUUUGUUUAUGACGAAUGGAUAGAAAAGACAGAUCAAAUUGACCAUGACGAUGACGAUUCGGUGUCUUUUACGUUUAAAUAUACAUACUAUUUUAAUGCAGAAAAAAGUAAAGGACUGACAGGAGAAGAGGAACUUAUUGUUCCUAAUUAUUUUAUACUUGGAUUAGUUAAUACAAUUAAAUUGGAAAAGCCCGCUAUAAUGCCAGCUGCAGCCAAGGGAAUCAACAGUAUAUUUAAAAAUCCGAGCAACAUAUUUAUGAAACAAAAAGCCAAAGACAUACUUUUCGAAGGAUUUGUCGUCGAUUGUAGAGUCACAGAUGUUCCAGGAGCAGCAGUUUGUACCGAAGUUAGAAAUCAGUACGAAGACUUGCGUUUAAUAAAACUCGAAGAAAACGUGUACCUCAUGUCGCUGUUCGGAGCAACAAAUGGAACGAGUUCCAAGGCGCGAAUGCGCGUCUACAGAGGCAAAAAACAUCUCAUGUCGGUGGGACAAGUUAUCGAAUACGACGGCAAGCCCAAUAUUUCUGUGUGGAACGACGAAGUGUGUGAUGCUUUUGGAAAUGCGACUGACGGUACGAUUUUCCACCCCUACUAUAAAAAAGACGAUUUUCUCGGAUUGUACACCGAAAGUAUGUGCCGAGUCAUAAGUUUGAAUUAUCUCGAAGACAACAAAACUGCUGGAAUAUCGACUUAUCGGUAUACAACAAGCGUAGGAAUCGAUCCGGAAAACAACCCUCACGACAAAUGCUACUGCAUGAGUGAAGACAAGUGCCUGAAAAAAGGAGCCUUCGACGCUUACAAGUGCACCAAAAUACCCAUAGUCGUUACGAAUCCGCAUUUUUAUCUAGCCGAUCCCUAUUAUUUGUCAAGAGUCGAUGGACUUAGUCCAAAUAAGGAUAAGCAUAUGCUGCACCUUGACAUAGAGCCGUUUGCUGGUGCUCCCGUUUAUGCCCAUUCUAGGGCUCAGCUCAAUAUGUACCUCACGAAAAUAGAGAAGUUCAAAUUGAUGAAAAACAUGUCCGAGGCUCUUUUACCUUUAUUGUGGAUCGACGAUGCUCUUGUAUUGCCUAAAUUCAUGAUCAAAGAAAUUAAAUUUGGAUUGUUGCAACUUAAACUAGCAACGAUCUGGCGAUUUUUCUUGAUGUUCAGUGGAUUAGGCAUGAUUGGCUUUGCAUCAUUUUUACAUUUCAAGGGACACUUUAUGAAAAAAAAACUUGAAACGACACAACCUGUGGAAACAACUAAUGAAACUUUAGGUAGUGAGUUGAACAGUGCAGAUAAAAUGAUGCAACUUCAAGUUGGUAAAUUACAGCCAGCUCCAGUGCCCGCAAGAAUCGAUUGAGAUUGAUGUAAUUACGAGAAUACGAGGGAAAAAUUUUUUUUUCUUUUUAUUAUUAGAUUAACAACUUUAAUAUUGUAAGCAGAUAUUAGUCGUAAUUUAUACAUUUUUAAGUAUUAAAAUAAAUUUGU